CCCCUCCCCGAUUCGCUGCCGGGAGAGGCCGUUCUCCGAACGCGUCCUGGGUCAGGAAUAAGCAGAUCCUCUCUGGUCACAACUCUCGAUUUCCACUUUGGGGGGCGGGCGAAGGCUGGGUGGACUUCGCAGUCACCAUUCCCUAGUCGUUUCUCCUCAGCUGUGGAAAAAGCAGCCCUCCUUUCCCUUCUGAGAAGAAACCGUACUUCCCCUUCAACUUUCCCUCAGUUCUGGGCCCGCUGGGUGCCCGUUGGUGUGAGAGCACCGCUCUCUAUUUUCUCUUGGGAGAGGUUCCGCGGCCCCUAUUCUCUUGCCGCGAAGCCGCAGAGGCCGUGACGCCCUGGCGGGCACAGCGGCGGUGGCUGAGCUCUCGCCAUCUUGCGUGGAGGAGGAGUCGCGGCCGCCGCCAUGCGGAGGCCGGCAGCGAGGCAGGGAGGGAGGGGGGCGGCGGGCGAGGGAGGGGGCUCAGGAGCCGAGUUAGCUCAGCCCGGGCGGUGACUUCGGCGGAGCCCUGAAAGCGGGCAGCGACGGCGAUUGAAGUGAGUGAAUUCAGAUACAUAACUCAACCUUGUUAGAGCUUUUUUAAAAAUAAAAAGUUGAUUUGGUGCAUGAGAGCAAGUUACUGCUGCUUACUGUUCAGAGACUUACAGGUGCUUGCCUGCAUUGCAAUAAAGGACUCAAUAUUGAGCAAGACUUAUAUUUAUCUCUUCAUUUUGGAGAGCCUAAUAAACUGUUAUUACAGUUUCUCUACUGACUUUCAAAGUUUUGAAGUUUGAAAGAGACAUCUUUACAAUUAAUACAGUAUGAGCACGGCCAGAACAGAGAACCCUGUUAUAAUGGGUCUGUCCAGUCAAAAUGGUCAGCUGAGGGGCCCUGUGAAGCCCAGUGGUGGCCCCGGAGGAGGGGGCACACAGACACAGCAGCAGAUGAACCAGCUGAAAAACACCAACACAAUCAAUAAUGGCACUCAGCAGCAAGCACAGAGUAUGACCACCACUAUUAAACCUGGUGAUGACUGGAAAAAGACUUUAAAACUCCCUCCAAAGGAUCUAAGAAUCAAAACUUCGGAUGUGACCUCCACAAAAGGAAAUGAGUUUGAAGAUUAUUGUUUGAAACGGGAGUUACUGAUGGGAAUUUUUGAAAUGGGCUGGGAAAAGCCAUCUCCUAUUCAGGAGGAGAGCAUUCCCAUUGCUUUAUCGGGUAGGGAUAUUUUAGCUAGAGCAAAAAAUGGAACAGGCAAGAGCGGUGCCUACCUCAUUCCCUUACUUGAACGGCUAGACCUGAAGAAGGACAAUAUACAAGCAAUGGUGAUUGUUCCCACUAGAGAACUUGCUCUACAGGUCAGUCAAAUUUGCAUCCAGGUCAGCAAACACAUGGGAGGGGCCAAAGUGAUGGCAACCACAGGAGGAACCAAUUUACGGGAUGACAUAAUGAGGCUUGAUGACACAGUGCAUGUGGUGAUAGCUACCCCUGGGAGAAUCCUGGAUCUUAUCAAGAAAGGAGUUGCAAAGGUUGAUCAUGUCCAGAUGAUAGUAUUGGAUGAGGCAGAUAAGUUGCUGUCACAGGAUUUUGUGCAGAUAAUGGAGGAUAUUAUUCUCACGCUACCUAAAAACAGACAGAUUUUAUUAUAUUCUGCUACUUUCCCUCUUAGUGUACAGAAGUUCAUGAAUUCUCAUUUGCAGAAACCCUAUGAGAUUAACCUGAUGGAGGAACUAACUUUGAAGGGAGUAACCCAGUACUACGCAUAUGUAACUGAGCGCCAAAAAGUACACUGCCUCAACACACUUUUCUCCAGGCUUCAGAUAAACCAGUCGAUCAUUUUCUGUAACUCCUCUCAGCGAGUUGAAUUGCUAGCCAAGAAGAUUUCUCAACUGGGUUAUUCUUGCUUCUAUAUCCAUGCUAAAAUGAGGCAGGAACAUCGAAAUCGUGUGUUUCAUGAUUUCCGAAAUGGCUUAUGCCGCAAUCUUGUUUGCACUGAUUUGUUUACCCGAGGUAUUGAUAUACAAGCUGUGAAUGUGGUAAUAAACUUUGACUUUCCAAAGCUAGCAGAGACCUAUCUCCAUCGUAUUGGAAGAUCAGGUCGCUUUGGUCAUCUUGGCUUAGCCAUCAACUUGAUCACAUAUGAUGAUCGCUUCAACCUGAAAAGUAUUGAGGAGCAGCUGGGAACAGAAAUUAAACCUAUCCCAAGCAACAUUGACAAGAGCCUAUAUGUGGCAGAAUAUCACAGCGAGCCUGUAGAAGAUGAGAAACCUUAACAAGCAUGUGCGUACCCUACAGAAUAGCUAAGCUUUGACAAACUGCAAAAGGCUCAUUUGGAUCUGUGACAUUGUUUUUUUUGGGGCGAUGCUCUUCUCUUUGUGGGGUUUUCAUUUUGUUUAUUUUGAAACUAUGAAGAGUUCAGACAUUUUUUUCUUUUUUUUAACUGGUGAAGAGAAAAAAGCUGAAAAGAAGGAGUUUACCUUUUUUGUUCCACUUGUUUGCACUGUGUGCUGACUGAACAUUAGUUGCACUAACUGCUAGUUUUAAAAAAUUUCCUGGGAAAGGGGGACAAGGAAGGAGGAAAAAGAAGAGAAGGAGAGAAACCCUAAAAAGAGAAGAAUCUUAAUGAACACACAAGCUUGUCUACAAUUUCAAAAUUCUCCAACAGGUGACUCUUGAGUGCAUUUCAACUUCUCCCUGAUUACUCAUCGGUUUUUUAAGCCUGAAGAGCUUAUUACUUAUUUGUGCGAAGUGCCUUAUGCUAUGAGACCAUUCAGAAUAUCAUCUUUUAGACACAGCCCAAGGAAUCAACAAUAAUAAUUCUUUCCUUUUUCUUCUUAAAAUUUUUGUCUUUUCAUUUUGGUUUCAAGUUGGUCUCUCUCUUCUUUUUCUACCCAAUACUCAAGCCCAGGGCUGGAAGAUGAAACGUAUUAGUAAUGUUAAACACCAUUUUCUUUUUCUUUAUGUGGAGGAGUUGAUAUGCAACUGCAGUCCAUCCGCACUGUAAAUACAUGUAUUUAAAAAAAAAAACAAUCCCAAGUAAAAAUUUCUUCUGGGCUGAGUAGAUGCAACAUCUUCGCUCCCAAAGGAAAGAGCAGUCUAUCAUUGCAGGAGCCAUAUGACAAGCCUUUGUGCUCUAUAACAGAACACUAAAGACUGGUUUACAUACGCCUGCCUACAUUAGCAGUUAUGGCACUUGAUGUGUAGACAUGUCAGCCUUGACCCUCUUUCCUCUCUGGCAGAGCGUGUCCCGUAGAAAAUUGGGUGUGUAUACGUGUAUAAACUUUGUAAAUAAGUUUUUUUCUGAGUUCGUGUGUAUAUAUGUGUGUGUGUGUACGUGUAUAUAUGUGUGUGUGUAUAUAUAUGUACACACACACACACACACGAUUUUUUUUUUUUUUGGAUGAAGGUUGCUGGGAUUAAGGGGAUUUGAAUGAUUAUGGGAGCAGCUAAAGAUGAGAGGGGCUCAGUUUUCCGCAACACUAAAUUUCUUACUGUAGAGAGCAGACCUCUAUGGGGACCCUAUGUUGGAAAGGGACCCAGAAGUCUGGGAUUCACUGUUUGCUGCUACACUGUCUCAUCUAGUACUUUUGGAGGAGGUCUGUCAGAGGGAGCAAGGAAGCUUCAAAAACCUAUAAUUUAAGGUGUUAUUUUUGAGAAGCUCUCUCUGAUUUUGCUUCUUCCCCCUUUUUAAAAGUUGGAGGAACUUUUGAAGCUCAGCAAAAGGGAACAAAAAUUAAUCUGCCUUGCAGUGUGGAAAUUUGAUUGAAUGGCAGUGUCUGAGCAGUGUAGGUAUAAAAGCAUGGAUUUGCAUUUCAGAAUAUUAGCCAGUACCAGCUUUGGUAACCUUAGCAGUUAGGGGGCUUGCUUUCUGUGGAUCACCUGUACUGUGUAAGUGUGUUGCCCUCUGCCUACCUUUCUACAUAAACUUGCAGGAAUGGGCAACCCCUGAGAGGUGAUAACUUUUGUGCUGCAGAAAGCUGCUUGCCAUCCUCUUUGUGACAAGAAUUGUCAUUUUGCAUUGUAAAUUGCUGGCAGAUGCUCUACAGUGAAUAGUGUUGCUUUAAAUUGUGCCCCUCCCAACAUGCUUGAUGUUUGGCCUGAUCUCCAGGCAAAAGGAAUGAGAUGAAUCAAAACCAGUGAACUUUUUUUUUUUUUAAUGUUUUUAAUUCCCUUUUAACCCAGUGUACUAGGUCAAUCAGGAGGCAUCUAGGGUAAAAAAAAAAAAAAGGCAAAAAAAUAAAAUUUAAAAAAAUUUUGAUUUCCAUAUUCCAUUGUUUUUCAAAGCCCUAAAAUAUUAUAAGGUAAGUCCUGCAUAUGCUUUCAUGCUUAAUUCAUCUGGAUGAAAAAAUAAAUUAUUCAAAGUUGCUUUUUUUUGACUGUCUAGUUCUAAGCAAAAACUAUUUGUGACUCACCCAAAAUUCCUUGAGGAUCAAAAUCCUCCAGAUGCCUCCUGAUCAGACAUAGCCCUGACUCCUUACGAACUGUAGCAGGAGCUGCACAGUACAACCCAAAAAAGAAUAAGCUCAUUUAUUUGGUAUCCAAGCCACAUAGGUUCUAUCCAGCCAGUUGGCUACUACAUUCAAGCCCUAAUUAAGAAAGAACUUUUUUCCUGGGAGAGGUGGGGGUGGGGGGAGGGAAAUUAAAAGGCAUCAACUUUUGACCAAAAAAAAAUCUUGCCCUUGUACUGAUGCAGCUCUCUUUUUCCCCCACCUCUGGCAAGAUAAGAGGGAUCAUUAUAGAAGAAAGGCUCAUAAAUGCAAUUUUGUAUCUAGCUAGAGAGUGGGUGACUAAACAAACAGCAGCAGUCCUUUGCAGUCCUCUUUGCCAUCCUCAGACUGCCGUCUGCUCGGUGCCACAUGCCUGUGGGUCCCUCUGAAAGCACAGACUUUAAAUUGAAAGUAUUACUGAAGUAUAUAGCCUCUGAUGAGGAGUGGCACUUAAACUGGGACACCACUAGUGGACAGUCGCAUACAGGCAGCUGUCCAGUUUUGGCGCUUGACUCUUGAAUAGUAAUUGUUAAAUGGAAAGAUGCUCUAAGUACUAGGUCAAAGCCUAGUCUUUUUUUUUUUUUUUUAAUCCCUUCACAAUAAGGAACAUUUGUUACUAUUGGAAAUUGUUUUUGUAUUCUUCCAGUAUUGGGUGUUUAAGUAAUGGUAAUAUUUUUCCAGUGGUUCAUUUGGUUGAAAACUAUUCCCUAUUAAUAUUUAAAUAACGUCCAGCUCGUGGUUUAGCCUGUGGUUGUGUAGUUGUGUAAUAGGUUAUGGACUGUUACACACCUUGCUGCUUCUGGGCCUAUUUUUGUCUUUCUAUUCCCAUACAUUCCAAUGGAGAAACUUUCUUGCUUUUCCCUCAGGAAUGGAAUAAAUUUAUUCCAAAAUGAUCUUCCAUGGGAAGGAGUAAGGGAGAAGGUAACCUAACAUGUCUCAAAAUUAUUUUCAAGUUGGCCCUACAUCAUAAAAUGGGUUGGCCCCAAAGGCUGGGGGGAGGGGGGAGGCAACUGGUUAUCAAUAUAUUUUCAGAAUGAGAUGGGAGCAUCUUUCCUUACCAUGUGCUUUGUGUUUGACACCAUCAUGCUUCGGUUAGAACCAGACAACUCAGCACAAAGCCUUGAGUGUAAAAUGUUGGAAUCAAAACAUCUCAUUCUGAUCAUUGGUUUAAUUAUUUUUCUUUUUUUUUUAAAUAGGGGUGGGAGGGAGGUUACUGUGCCCCAAAAGGGAGGGUGUCUGCUUUAGGAUUUAGAAACACUUGGGAAGCUCAUAACCUCGCCAGAAACUGCUGUUAGGCACACUCCUGACCUUAUAGAUGAGUAACAAAAGAUAAAUUAUUGGGAAUUAAGCCAUGAUAUUUUAAUUUGCUUUUUUCAGCGUUCUGUGUAUCUUAAAAAUUGUUAUAGUGAGUCAUUUUCUGUCAGAAUACCUUUUUCAAAAUACUGGCCUCGGGGGAGCCGAAGUCAACUUGGUGAAUUUAAGUGGACUUUGGUGAACUUGUAGUUCUACUUUAUAUCCUUAAAGAUAGUUUUUAAAAAGUCCCAAAGAAAAUCCACUCUCGUGAUCAAAAAAACUCAUCUUUGGGGUAAAGAGUUAAGUGUCCAAAGGUUAUAACAGUUUAUGAGGUCAGAGGGAGCUAGCCUGGCACCGACUCAGCCCCUCCACAGCUGAGCUGAUUCCAACAGAAGUGUAUUUAAAUUCUCCAGUAGACAGGACUGGGCAGGGCAGGGGAGGGGGGAGGGGUUGGGUUAUUAAGAUACAGGCUACUGUAUUUUAACCAAUGGUUGGGCGGGCGGGGGUGCCUGGAGAAAACAAAGUCACUUCCCUUUUUUGAAACAAAACUAAAACUUGAAAAAAAAAUUGUUCAAUAAAAAUGGGAUAGAAUUUCAAUGUCCCUAGACACAAGGGACCAGUUCCACUGAGAAGUUAACAGUGGGGACUCAAAAUUUUGAAAACAUUUAGGGAAAGGGAAAAUUGGCUUUCUGUUAAUUGGCAAAUGUUCCAGUGGGGCUCUGUUUUUGUUGGGAUGUGUUAUGUUAUAUGUACAUGGACCAGAGUCUGCUGAGUUUAGAAAAGAUGGUUGAUAAAAUCUUGACUUUUUUUUGUUUGUUUAUUUUGUUAAUUUAUCUCAAUAAAAGCCCACUGGAACUCCAAA